CUCGCAUUGCAGAUUGACAUGAUGGGGUUUUCUAUCUAUCUUCGUGGAACCACGAGAACGCCGCUCGGGUGACUGCGUCGAUUUCGACAAGCGACACAUGUUUUGUCGAAAGGAUGGCUUACAGGUUUCUGGCGCACGAAGGAUAUUCCUUGUUUCUUACUACCUAGAUAUGCGAUGUAAUGGAGAUACAAUGGGGUUUUAGGCUGGGUGCAGCUCUAGAGCUUGGGGCGGCUUAAGCUUGAUCGUGGGCUUUUGCCAUGGAAACCUUUUGUCAUGUUGAUGAUGUGUGCUAGGUUAGUUGGGUAGGCAGGGAGGUGAGUAGGAUGGCCAGGAUAAACAGUGGCUGCAUGAGCAACCCUUCGGGAAAUUCUGCAGGACACUGCAUUUGCUAAAUCCUCCUCUCAUAUUGCAAUAUACUAUCGACGCAUUGUAUAUCUUGCAGGGAACCAGUAAAGAUGAGCUGAGGUUUCGUCCCAAUGACAGACGCAAUCCUUGGUCACCUGGGCAGCGAUAGGGAUGAGGCGAGACAUUGAUAUUGGAGACCGAUUUUGGUAAGAGAUUGCUAUCGCACACUGUGCUUGGAAGCAUGUGCAAAUUCAGUUCAGUAUAAGAGCAUUGGAUUCCCAUGAUCAUGAAGAAGUCAAAGUCUACUCAUCCUGCGUCAUCUCAGCCCUUCCCUCCAGGACAAUACACCUGCUACGCCCACUUGUCGAUUAUUGCACCUUCUGGAAAACCAUCGUGAUGUACACCCUACUCUACCUCGCUGUGCUAUUCAGCACAGCCACCGCAGCCCCCUUCGAACUCAUCUCCAAACGCCCUCUCCAUGAUAACCAAUGGAAGCGCGACAGCACCACCAACUGCCCGGCCUACCUCCCGGACGGGGAAUACGAGUUCCCGCACUACAUCACCUGGAUUUCGCAGCAGCAGCCUGACCGCGCUUUCGGCUCCCAGUACGAGGGCCGCGUGACGCCGGGCGACAUCUCGUCCAUCUUCAGCUUCGACGUGCCCGCCUCCCGCGCCGACGCCAACUGCACGCUCGAGUUCCUCUUCCCCCGCCAGGACCAGCUCUCCUCCUCCAGCUUCACGUACGAGGGCCCCGGCAACUUCCAGUUCACGGGGUACCUCGCGGGCAGCUGCCCCGGCCCCGAGACGACGUUCAAUAACCAGCCGACCCCUGGCAUGUUCCCGCCCUUCCCACCGAUACACAUGGAGCCCGGGUUCGCGUACACGCUCGAUGUGGGGCCCUGCACUUUUGCGGCGGGGACGUGUGUUGCCGGAGGUGAGCCCGGAGAUUUUAUCUUCCCUUUUUCCUUACAAAAACUCCGAAUUCCUGCCUGCCUGCUUACCUACCCCUAUUUCUUUUUUUUUCCCGAAAGAGAAAGGGAAAGUGCUAAUAAUGGCUGCGUGCGUUAGUGACUUCGUCGAUUGACACGACCUUGGAGUUCUUCCAGGACAUGGAUGAUUGCCCGAUUGGGAUUUACAAUACUUAUAGUUACGGGCUGCCUUGUGAUCCGGAGCAUUGUUAGUAAGGGGGUGAGGCUUUUGGCCCUGUGGAACGGGUUGGCGGGUUUAAUUUUGAUAUCAUGGUAAUGUACUUAGGUUGCUUAUGAGGUAUAAAGGAAUGAACUAAAGGACCGGCAUCAGAAGAUUGAAGAAUGAGUGUGUCCAGUGUUGGUUGCAGAUAGAUAGAUCGCGGUAUACUACUAUACACAGAACAAGCUCAAGCCAUGAUAGACUUCUUGAUAAUAAGCUACGUGGUACCGAUUCGGCCUGUCGAUGCUUGGAUUUGUGCUCUGGUUACGCGCCCGAGGUUCCACGGGUCUGUGCUCAAGACACUACGGACGUAAGGGAUACUUCAGCGUCUCUUGAGUAGCCAAGGGGAGGAGGGGGAUAACUGC